GUCUUUAUUAUCUGUCAUUCAAGGUCCGUCCUUCUUUGUAUCUGUACUAGUAAUGGUGUUUUAUGCAUUAGAAGCAGAAGUUGCAGCAACAAGUAGAGCAUUGAACUCAGCAUCAACAGUAGCAAGAACGAUCAGUAAUGGCACCAGUAGUCAAUUGGCUCAACCAUAUUGCAGAGGAAGAUGUGGGAACGUAAGUAUUCCUUACCCAUUUGGUGUGGAUGAUCCUACUUGUUACCGUCCCAGAUUUGAGAUUACUUGCAAUGACUCUGUAAGUCCCCCAGUUGCUAGUUUUAUUUCAAGGAAUGGUGCUUAUGAAACCCGUAGUUAUGAAGUUUCAGAACUCACGUUAGACUAUAUUCGUAUCAAUGUACCGGUACCAGCCAUCUGUGACCAUGAUAAUAUCACUACCGCUACCUCAAAGCUUAUUGAUCCUAGGUCUGGAUGGUCAGAGCCUAUCCUACAUAAAACGCCCUUCACCAUUUCCAACACUCUCAACAGAUUAGCAGUCCUUGGUUGCAACAUUUUUGGUUUUGUUUUACCGCUGAAUGAUGGUAUAACAAAUUUCACCAGCAGUGGGUGUGCAUCCCGUUGUGAUGUGAGGACUGGAUACGUAGAUAUUCCAAACCCUUGUGAAUCUGGUAAUGGCUGUUGUAAGGUAACAGUUCCCAGGGGAUUAUCUGAAUUCAAGAUACAAACAACGAGUACCAGUGAUCCAGUACAGGUUAACCUCAACCACCAGAAUCUAUGCAUCCGUGCUUUUCUGGUUGACAAGGAAUUUUCUGGGGUUGAUGAUUUAAUUACGUCUAGGGACGACUCAGUUGUACCUGUGAUCUUGGACUGGGCAGUACCUGACUUUCCUACAUGCAGAGAAGCUCGAAGAAACCCCGUCGAAUAUGCUUGUGGAGCUAAUACUGAGUGCUUUGACCCAUAUAAUGGCUUCGGUUAUCGCUGCAAAUGUGCAAAAGGCUACGGAGGAAAUCCUUACCUGAAAUAUGGCUGUCAAGAUGUUGACGAAUGCAAAGGUCCAAACAAGUGUGGAAGAGAAGCUCUGUGCAUUAAUACACCAGGGAGCUACAGGUGCGGUUGUCCACAUGGUAAAAUAUUGGAAUUCAGCAAACUGGCGGGAUAUCAGUGUAGGCGUGACAAACGAAAAUUUCUGAUCGCUUUGUAUCUAACACCAGGUAUUGGUGGAAGCAUAGUAAUAGUACUUAUGCUUGGGCAUGGUUAUUGGUUGUACGUGGGUUGUAAGAAGAGAAAGAAAAAGAAACUAAAGAAGAAACACUUCACGAGAAAUGGUGGGUUGUUAUUAAACCAAAAGAUCAACUCAAAUGAUGGUAGAGUGGAAAAGGCAGCAAAAAUCUUUGUUACCAAAGAGUUAGAGAGGAUGACAGACAACUUUAAUCCAAGUAGAAUCAUCGGCAAAGGAGGCUGUGGUACAGUAUAUAAAGGCAUGUCUUCAGGUGGUGAAACAAUAGCCAUUAAAAAGUCUAAACUGGUGGAUGAAUGCCAAGUGGAACAGUUCAUUAACGAAGUUGUUAUUCUCUCGCAAAUCAAUCACAGGCACAUUGUAAAAUUACUGGGCUGUUGUUUGGAAACCGAAGUCCCUUUGUUGGUAUACGAGUUUGUCCCUAACGGAACGCUCUCAUACCAUCUCCAUUUAGAAGAGGGAGAUGAUAGGCCGUUACUUUCAUGGAAAGAUCGUGUAAGGGUUGCGUCAGAGAUAGCAGGGGCUCUUGCAUAUUUACACUCAGAUGCUUCAAUGCCAAUUUUUCACCGUGACAUCAAAUCCACCAAUAUACUCUUGGAUAAGCAGUACAAGGCUAAGGUCUCUGACUUUGGAAUUUCUAGAUCAGUACCUAUAGAUAAGACCCACUUAACCACACUAGUGCAAGGAACUUUCGGCUACUUAGACCCAGAAUACUUCAGCACAUGUCAGUUCACUGACAAGAGUGACGUUUACAGUUUCGGAAUAGUUCUUGUGGAGCUCUUAACAGGAGAAAAGGCAAUUUCUGAAAUCAGACACGAAUCAGAGAAGGGUUUAGCGUUUUAUUUUUUGAAAUUAAUGGAAGAAAAUCGUUUGUCCGAGAUAUUAGAUGUUCGAGUUUAUAACGAAGGAUACAGAGCUGAUGUUUAUGUUGUGGCUAAACUCGCCAAAAGAUGCUUGGAAAGUGUUGGGAAGAAAAGGCCGACCAUGAAAGAAGUAUCACUAAGUUUGAGUGGGUUGCAUGAAAAACUUUCAAAAUGUCCUAUUAGAAGUUCCUACAAGAUUAUGAUCGAUGGCGAAAUUGAUAAAAUUGAAAGAUCCCGAAUAUAGAAGGCAAAACUUUGUUGAACAUCUAUAUUUCCUUGUGUUAGUGUGUAUGAUAAAUGUUUCUCAGAUUUCAAUGUGUAACAUUUAGUUAGACUAUGCUUGUAAACAUCUCCAA